CCGAGCGAGUUGUUGAUCAGACGCGGCCACUCGGCGUUGUUGAUCGGUACUUAGUUGUAGCUUUAUUUGUAACUUCAUUUGAGGCUUUCGUGACUCCACGAAUCCAUACUCUUUGGUUAUUUCGGUAGAGGCACGUAGGUAGAAAAAGUAAAAUAAAGCAGAAAAUAAUAUAUUACGACGUAUCGUUCGUGGCCGCUUGCGUUGCGAACGAAACGUGAUAAAUAAUAUUUUUGUUUAUUUUAUUUUUCUACCUACGUUCCUUUACCGAAAUAACCAAAGGAAGUGUAGCUUUGUAAUUUAAGGUGUAAAAAAAAAGAAUCUGUUAAAGAGUGAGGCGGUAGGGCGAGUUUUAUCGUCGUUCCUUUGAAUCUAUUUCGUCGAUUAGGGCCUUUUGCGAGGUUGUUUAAUAGUUUUUUUUCUUGCUAGGUGGUUUUUCUUAGCUUUGUGUUUAAAAUACGCCUGUGCCGAAAUGACGACCGAGAUGCUGACCCCGCUAUCCAAGAGCAGCUUGCGUGUCCGCCCGAACGGGAAUAAUUUGAAAACAUCCAAGAAAGAUAAAAAGGUGAACGGGACCAACAAGGACGAGAUCAAGGAGGACUUCAUUGCUUUGAAGGUUUCGAGAGACUUCAAGACGGAGCUGCGGAAGGUGGUGAAGAAACAUAAUAACAAGAUGCUCCGCCUAAAAAACUGUCCCAACUUCCCAUUCACGGUGUGCGGCCAAGAGGGAACCAACUACAGGAAUAUGACUUCGAUGAUGGACGCCUGGAACAGCCUGUUUCUGGACAAGGAGCAGGACAUGACGGUGAUCGGCUGCUUGGACAACGUGCCAUCGUUGGCAUUGGGUCUGCAGUGGGUCGUGCUGGUGACGGAGGACGGUGCCGUGUACGGCUACGAGAAUGAGUGCAUGUGCAGGUUGGCGAGUAGUGUUAGGGACCUCUUCCUGGAGGGCCCUCGGUUUGGUGGGAAAAUGUACGAAAUGGACUUGAGUGACAUCCCACAGGAUUCUAAGGAGUUUGAUAAAGCUUGCCAAGACUUGGGCAUUCAAUCAAGAGAUCCUGAGGUUGAGAAAUACAUGACAAGUUUAGAAAGUACAUUUGGUGAAAUGGAAGAUUUCUUUGCGUCAUUGUGAAUCUGAUUGAAACGACGUUCUAUGCUUCUGACUGACUGUAACCAUGAGAAGAUAGACACAGCCAUCGCAUCUGUUUUCUGUCACCAUGCAAUAAGCAGAAUUUCAGCCAUCUCCGAAUAGAUACAACUCGUGGAAACGUGUCGAAGUUAAAACAAAGUCUGCCGAACGUCGCUGCCUGUCAAAACAAACAUUGCGACGUGUUUAUCACCGAUCGUCGGCAAGCUGCAACACGACCUUGCGUGGAAGAGACGCCUGCAUUUAACCUCAAUAAUAUGCUCUUUAUUCAGGAUUGCGUUCGUCACGAUUUGAUGCACUUUUCAACACAACAUAUUUGGCCAUACUUUUUGUGUCGGAGGAAAAUGGGACGAAACUAUCCAUGGUCGACCUAUACAGUCUUUAAUGUGGAUAAUUUUAGUUUUUGCUCACGUUUGCACAUUCUCCAGUUUACUGGGCUUUCUUGUAACCGCUGGUUGUAAAAUAUCUACUUGGCCAUGGACCUUACCAUCUGAAAUAAAGUCUGACUGUCCUUAAUAUCUUUAUAUAGUUUUGAAUAUGCGGUGCUCAACCAGAAUUAAUGCGCCUUUGGAAAAACGCCUGUUCCUUCGCGCUAAUUCUGGCGAGUGUUUUUUUUGGGGUCUUCUCACCCAUGGGGUUUUACCCCGUUCUGAUUUUUCUCCGACACAUUACGGCCAAUUGCAUUGUGUCCUUGUUUGACCUGUGGGCUGGUGGGCUGGUGGCCAGGUGCGCACGAGGUGGCUCGCGUGCUCAACAAAAGAAAAAAUGGAUUAGCAUUUUGACUGCUCACAGCGCGGGGCCAGAGGGUGAUGGGCAAUGGGGGGGGCCCAUGCCCUUUGUUGGAGGAAAUUGGUGAGUGGAUGUCACCCAGAGCAGGUGUUUACAGUGUUGAUGGGCUGUGUUAUUUUGUUGCACUAACCAGAGGGAGACAUUGAAGACCAGUAUCCCCGUGCUGUCGAGAUAAAAUCGAGCAAUAUGCCUGAAUUAUACUCUGGGGAAAAAAAUAAUCGAAUACUGUGACAGGUGCUUUGAGACUAGGGCUCUGUUAGAGGUGAUUAAAAUAAAAUUUCUUUACUUUGGCUUUUCAUGACCAAUAGCAUUCACAACUGGGUUUUUUGGGUUGAGUCGUGUAAAAAGUGUUGUAAACCUUCCACCCGAGACGGCCAGUCCGUGAGUGUCAAGUGAACAAGCAUGACGCUUUUAAUAAGUCAUUUUCAUUUAAUACAAGCAUGACGCUUUUAAUAAGUCAUUUUCAUUUAAUAAAAGUGGUGCAGUGAAGCACGUGAUGCUUUUAUGAAACUUGGCAAAUGAAACGUGCUGAAGCAGUAAUGCGCUUUGCACGUGUGUUCACUUGACACUUAGUAAUUGGCUGUGUACCGUUGAGUCUACGCCAGGUUUUUACUUACGAUCUAACCCAAAAACCAAAUUGUGAAACGUAAUAAAAGUUAUCUGAAUGCAUUUAGUGGAUGCUUUUUCUUUUGUAUACACUGUACAUAGUCAUUGUUAGUGUUAUAUGAAUAUUACAUCCAUGUGUACAGGAAAUGACUUCAUUUUUAUUUUGCAGAUGAAUAAAAUUUGCAAAAAUGU